CGAUACAUCGAUAACUUAUAAACAGCCAACCAAAACAAAAACCAUUGCACAGUGGGAAUAACAAUAAUUAGCGUUUUUCCUUUUGAGCUACAGAAUUAAAAUAAUUCGUGUUAUGCAGCGCGGCAAGAUCUCGUUCGGCAAAAUACAGCUGAACGUAAGCAAGACACCUACUAAAACCGCUGUCGAAUCCCAAGAUGCGGUCGGUUUCAAGAAAAUAGACAAGCAACAGAUGAUACGUCAAAUUGAAGAUGUGGCCGAGGAUCUGGAGAGCCAACAUCUGAGAGAUUUAAUGGGCAUAAGCAGCUUUGGCCGUAAGGCAGCCAAAGUGUUCGACAUCAAUGAGCAGAUUGCCAAAGCGCGCACAUCUGCGCCACCCGUGCAGGAACAAGAGACGAACGACGAUGACGAGGAUAUAAUUGGUCCUUUGCCACCAUCAGCAGACACAGAAACCCAAAAGCAGCAGGAUGAGCCUGGUACCAACUCUAAAAAGAAUACUAAUGACAAGAAGCACCAGGCUGACGAUGAGGAUGACAACGAUGAUGACGAUGAUGAUUCCGAUGAGGAUGAUGAUAACUUAAUACGGCGCAUACCUUACACACACGAAGUACAAAUGCAGCACGGAUCCCGGGCCGUCUUAGCACUGGCUGGAGAUCCGUCCGGCGCUCGACUUGUGUCGGGCUCCAUAGAUUACGAUAUGUGCUUCUGGGACUUUGUUGGCAUGGAUUCGUCAAUGCGCAGCUUCCGUCAACUGCAGCCGUGUGAGAAUCAUCCCAUACGUGGGCUUCAAUAUUCCGUCACCGGCGACAUGAUCCUCGUUAUAUCGGGCAAUGCACAGGCUAAAAUACUAGAUCGGGACGGGUUUGAAAAGCUUGAAUGCUGCAAGGGAGAUCAAUACAUAAGCGACAUGACCCGUACAAAAGGCCAUGUUGCCCAGUUAACCUCUGGCUGCUGGCAUCCAUUUAACAGGGAACAAUUCCUGACCGCAGCUCUGGACGGCACACUGCGCAUCUGGCAGGGUCUACGUGCCAAGGAACAGCUGCAGGUGAUCAAAACGCGAGCUCAGGGCGGCCUGAGAACCAAUGCAUCUGCCUGUAAUUUCAAUCGAGAUGCAACACUAAUCGCCGCUGGAUGCGUAGACGGCUCCAUACAGACCUGGGACACGCGAAAGAUGUUCGUGAAUACCACGCACUGCGUGCGUGCGGCGCAUCAAAAGGGCUCAGAGAUUACCUCCAUUGUUUUUUCAUACAUGGGCCAGCAGCUGGCAACGCGCAGUAAUGACGAGACCAUGAAGCUCUGGGACCUAAGGAACUUUAGGCAGCCGCUGCACACGUGGUCGAAUCUAUUUUCACGCUACGACACGACCGACUGCUGUUUCAGUCCGGAUGAUCGCUUGCUGGUCACCGGCGAAUCGCUGCCCAAGGAACAAAAGGAGGCCAAUCUUUAUUUUUAUAACACACAAAGCUUUGAGGAGGUGCAACGCAUACCCGUGGCCAGUUCGCACGUCAUCAAGACGUUAUGGCAUCCCAAGUUGAAUCAGCUCUUUGUCAGCUGUGGCAACGGCAUCAUCAAGUGCCUCUACGACGAACAGCGCAGCAUACGCGGCGCCAAGCUGUGCGUGGUGAAGACGCAUCGCAAGAGGCAACAAAUGGAGAUGGUGGGCGUGUCUCAGAUUAUAACACCGCAUGCACUGCCACUGUUCCGACAAGAGAAGACACGCUCGUCACGCAAGAAGAUGGAAAAGGCGCGCAUGGAUCCAGUGAAGUCGAAGCGGCCGGACUUACCAAUUACUAGCGGCCAAGGUGGCCGAGUCGCCAGCUCUGGCGGCACGCUCUCCUCCUAUGUCAUACGCAAUCUGGGCCUAAGCAAACGUGUCGACGACGACCAGGAUCCACGUGAGGCCAUACUCAAGUACGCCAAGGAUGCUGCCGAGAAUCCAUAUUGGAUUGCGCCCGCCUACAAGCAAACACAGCCCCAGGCCAUAUUCUCCGAGAAGCUGCCGCCAACCGAUGCCGCUCCAGCGGCCAAAAAACCCAAAACAGAUGCAGACGAGACCUAAUUAAGCAGUUCAAUUUGAAUGCAGAAUGAAAUAAAUGUAUUGAGCACGCCAACAGCGCGAAAGGCUUUCUCUA